UAAUAAAUAAUUUUGAAUAACAACAUGCGUAAGUUUUAGCUCUUUGAUCAUUUUUUUAUGUCUUCCACAUUCCUAUAAAAUAUAACAACUCGGUUGUGAACAAAAUCGUUAAAGUCGCCCAACAAUUUGCCAAAUUAUUUUCAUAAUUAUUUCAAUGAUCUUUCAUGGAAAAAUAAUGCGAUUUUUUAAUAUCGAUACAACAAAACGACAUCGAGAUUUUGUUGUUUAGCGUUAUUUUCAGAAAAACUGAUGUGAAUCAGAUGAUAAACACAAGAGCAUAAUAAUAAAAUUUCUUGUUUUCAUUUUAUAUUGCAAAUGGCCUGAUGAUAAUUGAACGAAUAAAACAUGGACACUUAUGAUUGCAAUUGCAAGGACAUUGCAAUUACAGAGGAAAUAUUUGGAGAGAUUUAUGCCGAUGCUGAAGGCAAGGAAUUCCGAUUGGUACCAGUAAAAUCGUACACAAUGGUCAAUAAGAAUCGCAUGGAGAUUAUUGUCAUCUCUUGGGGUGCCACGAUCGUUUCUUUGAAAUAUCCCGAUAAGUUCGGAUAUGUCGCAGAUGUCGUGCUCGGUUUCGAUGAUUUGAAGAGUUAUACAAAUCCCAGGAUUAAUCCAUUCAUAGGAUGUAUACUGGGCAGAUGCGCGAAUCGCAUAAGAAAUGGCAGUGUUAUCAUUAAAGACAAAACUUAUCAGCUAACGAGAAACGAUCUGGGCAAGCAUCAUUUGCAUGGAGGUACGAAGGGCUUCGGUCGACGAUUGUGGGAAUCGCGUAUCGAUAGCUGCUCAGUCGUAAUGACUUAUUUAAGCGAAGACGGCGAGGAGGGAUAUCCCGGGGCGGUAUUGAGCACAGUGAGAUUCAAGCUGACACCCGAUAAUAAGCUGGAAAUAGGUAUCCGAGCGACAACGACGGACUCCACCAUCGUGAACAUCUCGCACGGUUCUUUAUUCAAUCUCGCUGGACAUGACGCCGGUAAGAAGGAAUUGAUGAAACACGAGAUCUCAUUGAACUGCGAUCGCUGGACUUUUGCGGAUUACAUGGAUCCGAUACCAACAGGCAGCAUCCGAGGGGUCGGAGGUACCAUUAUGGAUCUGCGUGUACCGAGACUUCUGGAGAACUGCAUCGAGAAGGUUCCUCCAGGAGAGGGAUAUGAUCACAACUUCUGCGUCACGCCGAGUUGGCACGGGGGUACCGCGUACGUCGCUCGCGCUGUCCAUCCAAAAAGCGGUCGCGUCUUGGAGGUCUAUUCGAAUCAGCCUGGCGUUCAGUUCUAUACAGGCGGUCGUUUAUGCAAUACUUUCGAGGCUGACAGUAACAUUGCUAUUAAACAUAACAACCCGAAUCAUGAAGGAGAAUACAAGGAAGAGGAGUCAAUAACUGAUCGAACGGAACAAGAUGUUAUACUUGAACAAAAUGUUAUACCUGAACAAGAUGUUAUACCUGAACAAGAUGUUAUAGCUGAACAAGAUGUUAUACCUGAACAAGAUGUUAUACCUGAACAAGAUAUUAUACCUGAACAAGAUGUUAUACCUGAACAAGAUGUUAUACCUGAACAAGAUGUUAUACCUGAACAAAAGUCGUUGGAAUUUAUUUUGGGGAAGCAAAAUGCUCGCUACAUGAAACACUGUGCUUUUAGUAUUCAGCCGCAAAAUUAUCCAAAUGCCAUUAAUUAUUUGCAUUUUCCUUGUUCUAUUCUACGACCCGGAGAAAUCUAUCGUCAUGAUUUGAUUUAUAAAUUUGGUAUCCAAUUGGCUAAUUACAUGUGACGCAUUUCUAAAUUAGAAAAACAUCAGGCCUGCAUUUGAUACAGAAAAUAUUUGAUUAGACAAUAAGAAACAUGGUGAAUACAUCUUUCAGAUUAAAACUUUUUUAUUAUUUUAUUUAAUAGUAAAAAAAUAAUU